AUUGAAGUCGGGCACAUAUUUUAAGCGGCAGCCGCCGCACACACGUCACCUAGUCAAUCUCCGGUGCGACUUUUUCCUUUUGCGGUUGGAUUUUUGCCCAACGAACAUCUGCAAAAGAUAAACGAUUCACACACAAACGCAAUCAGGGCCAAUUUGGUUUGAGUCAACGCACGGGAAAUGAGUGCUCGGGCCGGCCAUGGGACGAAGAAACAAGAAGAACCGCCUAAAGUGAGCAUGUGCAGCAGCGGGACCUUUGCGUGUGUUUCAUUAGUGCGUCAGUGAGUUCCGCCGCGCGAAGAGGAUUCGUUGUGCGGCUGUAUUGAAAAUUGGAGUUCAAUUGUAUCGUGAGUGUGUGUUUGUGUCGUGUUUUGUGACGUGUACUGGGCACAUCCCCCCUGCGGGUUAAGUGGAGUGGAGUGCUUAUUUUAAUCAAUUUUCUCACCAUUCGGGCAUCUCGUUAAUUAGGCGUAACAACCGUAGUACAACAGCAAACAGCACGUGGAUGUGAAUGGCAUGUGCGUGUGCGUGUGUUUGAGUUUCCGGGGUGUCAAUUGGAAGAUCCGCCGAUGUGCCCUUUUUAAGUAGAUGUGUUUGGCGGCAGAAGAAAGAAAGUCGCACUUAACAUCCAAGAAGUAGUUAUUGUGUGUGUGUGUGUGUGUGUGAGAGUAAAAAGGAACAACGUAACAUACAAUUUGAAGCGAACGAGCCCUAACAACGAGGGCUCAUUACUGUUAACCGAUGACGUCUCUAUUGUGUGAAAUUGGUCGAUUGUGAGCAUUGAGCGAGCGGUUCUUCUCCUGGGUGCCGAAGGAUAUCCCUGCAUUAACUACAAUGUCGAAGGACACGGCCCGAACGCGCAUCCCCCGGCCCGAUGGUGUGAGCAGCCGCAUUCCAGUGCCGGGAAGCUUUCGCAUACCGAACAGCACCGUGCGGCUUCCUACCAAACGAGCGCCAGCAGCAGCACAUCCGCCGGCCACACCGAUCAGCUUUCUGCGGCCACCGUCCCAGAGCCGGUCGGGAGCGAUUUCCAUCGCACGGUCCUAUUCCGGCGACAAACUGUUCAACGGUGAACCGAGCCCGUUUCCGCUGCUGACCGCUUCCACGCCAGCACCGGCACAGCUUCGCCUGGGACUGACAGCCCCCAAAGCGAGCGGUGUGCCGUUUUUGAAAAAGCUAGAACUGGUCGCUUCCGGAACGACGGAAUGCCUGGAGGACAUCAAACUUUGCCAAAGGGAAUUUGCGAUCCCAAGUGACGACGACGAUGACGAUGGGGUGGAGGAUGGUGAGGUAACGCAAUGUAGACCUGACGCCGCGGUCCAGAUGCUGGUAGACGAAUCGCUCGAGCUGGUGGGAGCGAACAGUACGGACAACCUGCUCGAUCCACCGACGACAGCGGUGGCGUGCAGUGAGGAAAACGCCACUGUCAUUAUCGCGAACAAGCAUGCACCGGGGUACGCGAGGAACGAACAUACCGUGACAUUACAGCGCGAUGGAAACGUUACGUACGAGAUUCGGCGUAGCGGAACGUUCGUCAAGUCGUCCCGAGAGUCCCUGAGCUCGCCCCAGGAUCGUCCACGUCCGCCCGUGCUGAGCCAAACGCACACGCGAAGUCAUACGUCGCUGUCAUCGAACGUUGGCUGUGUGAUGAGCUUGACGAAAACAUUCCGCCGCGAAAGCACCGAAAGUAUCGAUUCGCCCGUGCUGGAUCUAACGCGCAGCUUGCCCUUUCGACGCCCUUCUACCUGGGAGCUGCUGAUAGACGAAGACGGCGGUCGGCGCCCUCCGAUACUGAACUCGACGAUGGUCAACGAGCGAUUGCUGAACGUUACGCAAAGCAUUCCGAACAUAACGCAGGAGCUGCUGUACGCGGACGUUGGCCACGAUCGUUGCCUGGCGCCUGGGGACAGCGUGCUGAACAGAACGCACUCGGUGGAGGACCAGAAGCAAGCAAUAGCAUCGGCUGGAAGGCAAACGCCGUCCAAUCGGCUAACGUUCAAUCUAGAAGAAUCAGUUGAUUUGAUACAGUUUAGCUCUGCGGUCGGUGCGAGCAGCAAGCAUGGCCAGUCACAAGUUUUUAGUUCAACGCUACACUCGGACUCGAUGGCCAUUCCGGCUGCUGGAAGUGUGGGAAGUGGUGGUAGUGUGCAAGUGAAACAAUUGCCGGGAAGUCAACAUAGCACUACCAUGCUACUGAUGGACAUUAGUGCACAAGAUCGAACUCUGGUUCCUUCCGAGCUGGAGCUCGAUCGCGAUCGAUUAAGUGACGAUGAGGAGCACGUGACUGGAGGAUACUCCAUUGCAAGGAGAAAUAUCGAUCAGCGAGAAGUAAGCUUAGAGGCGGAUGUGAGCGCUGGGAAGGAAAUAUUCGACCUGAGCCUUGACGAACCAGAACCAUGCUGUCAGGAUGACGAUGAUCAGCAACAGCAUCAGCAGCAGCUGCAGAACCAAGCAUAUGCUCAGCAGGAGGUGGUUCUGCGACGGCAUUUGGAAGGCCGCUCAAACACAGUUCCUGCGCCAAAGCAACGGUUUUCCUUCGGACUCGAUCUGACCGAGUGCACGCUGGACUGUUCGAUCGAGCUGUGUGAUUCAUCGCUGUCGCUGACCAAACCCGCCCAUCUGAAGUCACCAACGAGCUCACUCACGAAACAGGGUUCGUUCGAGAUGGAUGAAAGUCUCGGCAUCCUAACGCCCGAUCAGAUGAAGGAAUUUCUCGACUCGACCACAACCAACACCAACACAAACAAUACGAACAACGCGGCAAACGCGGCCGGUCUGGAGUUGCAGCUCAACACCGGCAUGGGAGGCAGUGGUAGCGGCGCUGGUUCGGGAGUGGCUCAUCAUCAUCACAAGCACGGCGCAUUACAGCAUCACUGCCGCAUCGAUCAGACACCUUCGCCCGAAGAGUUGCCACUUGAUCCGGUGGGUGUGAAAACCGACAUGUCGGACAUUAUGCUGCCCGCGGAGCUGAUGCUCAUAGCAGGUGGGCCCCAACCGUACGGUGGAAGUGCUGGUGGUGGACCGGCGCAUGGUGGUGCCGCUGGCGGUAUGAGUGAGCUGUCACAGGCGGACUCUGACCCGAAAACGGAUCAGAUGACAAAGUCAGCCACCUCGUCGAAGGUGUCGAAUAGCUUCAUCACGAGCAUCACGAGUAUUACGAGCCUGGACACGGGCUACCAGGGUGAUGGAGAGAUGUCGCGCCCGGCAAGCCGUGGAGCCGAUCAUUCGCCGUCGAAUGGACCGCGCGUAAAGUCGGCGAUCGGUGGAGGCGCCUGGCAACCGAUGAUGGCUGCCGCCGUUGCUGCGGUUCCACGCCGCCAGGAUCCGAUGACCGAUUCGGACUUUUUCACCGAAAGCGACGCGGACGAUGUGUUUAACCGUGGCGAUGCACGCCGAGCGCAGAUAAUCGAUGGCCAGCUGUAUGGGGCACCGGGUGGAGCGGGUGGAAUCGGAGGUGCGCAAGGUGCGAAUGCCAUAUUCAAUGCGAUCGACGAGCAGGACGAUCAGGAUCUGCAACAGCACCAGCAGCAAAACCAUCACCAGCUGCAUCAGGAUGGGGGGCAGAACGAGGACUCGUGCAUGGAGUCGAGCGGGAUUUUCACGGACGUAGAAAAUCGGGCCGAUGAUGAUCUUGUGCAGCGCCGUGCAGAUGAUCAGCAGAAGGCGGAAGCAGCCGCAGAGGUUCGCCGAGGUUUUGAUGAAGAUCGGCAACAGACGGGUGACGACAUGAGCCCGGACGUUUCGACCGAUACGAUGAGCAGCAGCAACAGUCAGAACUUUGUGCGUGCCGCCGAACAGCAGCAGCAGCAGCACACGCGACGAGAUGAGGGCGAUCCCAACGCGACCUGCAAAUUGUUGGUGCUGGACGAGCGUGAGAAUGAUGGGGCGCGGUACUGCGACGACGGCAGCAAGUCAAACUUAUCGCAACACAUCGGAGCUUCCCCGAAGGCGAGCGAACACCACCACUACCAUCAUCAGUACGCGAUUGCGACGCUGACGGUGAUGAAGUCGGACGGUGAUGUUGGUACCACCGGCGUGAGCACGACAGCUGGCGCUGGUUCUCCUGGUAGUGGUGGUAGUGGCGUCGUCGUCGGCUCGGGCAACGUUGCGCGCCGUUGCGAUGCGGACAGCUUCCACGACGCUGUCAGUGGCAAGAGAUCGUCCGCGUGCGGCAAUGGUAGUACGAACAGUGCGAGCGGCAACAGCGGUAGUAGUGGCAGCACCAGUGCUGGUCGUAAGCAGCACAAAAACGAAGCUAACCGUGGCCUGCGGAAGCAUCAUGCGUCAGUUGCGGAAAUGUCCGCCCCAUCCUUAGCUUCGUCACGCGCGGAUCGUUUAGGGAAGGUGCGGUUGUUUAAGGAUACGGCACCGUCAGAAGGAUCUCGCAGUGGUGUGUCGAGUGGCGAGCAGUGCGCCGGUGGUGGUGAUUGUGAUCAGGAAAAUAAGCGUCCCGGUGCAGUGCAGGGGGGUAGUGGGGGUACGCGUGGCAAUGGUAGUGCCGGGGCGUGUGCACGUGGCGGUGGGCCGUCAGGAUCCAAUUUGAGCUUUGUGAAAAAAUCCAACACCCCGAACAAGUGGGACGCGGUGAUGAGCAAGAUUGCGGAAAAUAAGUCAGUGAUGAGGCGCAAUUUCAGUGACGUGAAGUCGCGCAUUAGCUGUGGCAGUGGUGUGGUCAGUGCAGCAGGUGCUUCGAAGGGUGGGGGUGCUGUGUCGACGCUGUUACGGCGGGACUCGCCCGCCACUACGCCCGCGACCGGUUCAUUGAAGAGCCCACCGUCCGAGUGUACCAGUGUGGCUAGCCGAAGUUCCGUGCACGGCAAGCGAACGAUCUCCGGGUCGGUGAAGAGAGGGCGUACCCACAGCAAAGACAGCGAACAAAGCUCGCUCAGUGAUCUUAGCCUGUCCGGAGGCUCACCGAAACUAGCACUGAAACUGCCCAGCACCCGACCAGCCAAAAAGCGUGAUGUGCGCACAAUUAAUUCUUCAUCCAGCGACCUGGGACCGCCGUCCAAGACGAAUGGCGCACAGCCAGCGCGCAAUAGCGCAGCCCGGGCAGCCGCCGCUUUGCAGAAACGUAUAUCUCCCAACGUAGCAAACGUCUCGAUUCCGCUUGUUCCGGAGCAGCUGAAGGCAUCGCCACCGACGAAGCGCAAUAUGCUGCUGAAGCGGAACGGCACGGCCAACGGAACGCUACCUGCCAAGACACCGCUGAAAGGUAAGCUUGCGGCACAUAUUCUCAAAGAUAAGGAAGCCAACAAGGAGAACAGCAUCAAUGGAGAUCAUAACCGUCUCGCUGGAGCAACUCAGACUUCGAAAUCGUCUGCCGCCGCAACGGUCACUGGCAGCAACAAUUCGCCCAAACCGUUGGCAAAGUCGCUGUUACGGUCCUCUACCGGCUCGGGUGCUACCACGGCGUCUAAUCAUCAUUCAACCACACCACACCUGCUAACCCAUCACCAGCACGCCGUCAGCAAUGGCAGCGGGGUGGCUACAUCACCGACCACGGCUACGUCGGUCAAAGCGAUCCAGCGCAAUGGAACCAUCAUUCUGGACAAAGCCAGCUCACCACUGUUGAUCUGCGAAGCGACCAGCCCCGUCGUCGGUGAACCGGUCAAGCCAGGCACCGGGCCGGAAAUGGUGAAUCUUCGCAAUGGUGCAACCAGCACUCCGGAGGACAUCGGUGUCCGGCAAUCGAAAGUGACGAUACCAUCCACCUGCACCGCGUCAUCGUCCGUACUGACGGCGGGAAAGGAACCGAACUGUGAUCAACAACGGCGCCAGCAUCAACGGGAGAAUGGCACGGGUCUGCACGCGAACAACGAAAGCGUUGGCAAAGGACCCGAGCUGGUCGACAUCAGCUUGCUCAACCAUGCCCAGAAGGGUGUGGAGGCAUUGGGAGUUUUAGUACAAUACCUAGUUUUUAAUUUGGAUGCCUUCUCCUGUCCCACAAUCAAAACGGCACAUCAGAAGACCACCGCCGAUCUGCUGGAAACCAAGUCCAUACUCGAUGAGGAGCGCACCAACAGUCAGACACUGAAGCAACAGCUUCUGGAAACGACCGAACGUGAAACAGAGCUACAGAAACUGCAUCGCUGUGAACUUAGCAGAGUUGAAACCUGUCUGAGUGAACAGCAACGCAGCGCCGACGAUCGAAUUGCCGCACUAGAGGCUCAACUGCUCGAGAAAGAAUCACACAGCCGCGAGCUGCUGUCGCGGAUCGAUGACUACGAAGCGAAGCUGGCCGAACACGAGAAGCAGCUCGAAAGCUCCCGUGCACGGGAACUGGAUUUGCUGCAACGAAUCAACGCGCUCAGCUGCACCGAGAACGAGCUGCGCGAUAAGGUUCAUUCGAGUGAGUUGGCGUUCAGCGAGCGGCUUCAGGCGGCGGCGAUGCGCGAACGUGACCUAACCGAACAGAUCAACGGGCUGAACCGUGAUCUGGAGCGAAUGCGCCGGGAAACCGAGCGGAAAGAGCGUGAGCUGGAGGAGAAGCUUACCAUCACGAAGGACGAGUGUGUCGUGCUGCGGCAGAGUCGUAAUGGCCCGUUGGAACCGGCCAGCCAAAAUGGUGCGGUUGCUGGUGGUGCUAAUGGCACCCUCAACCUGUCGGGCGGCAACGGUGGCAAUCCGCUGCAGCUGAACCGAUCGUCCGGCAACAUUAAUCACCUGCAAGUGCUGCAGGACGAGGUGGACAGUUUGCGCUGCGUGCUCGAUCUGAAGCAGCGCGAAAUUUCCGAACUGCGCAAACAGACGCAGGAGUACGAGCGGGAUGCGAAGGAUCUGCCCGGUGCGCUGACGAAAAUUUCCGCCCUCGAAUCACGCAUCGAGGAUCUCGAGGUGCAGCUAAAGACCAAAACGGAGGAAGAGAAGGAACUGCAGCAAAAGUUGAAGCAUUUGCAGGACAACCUGCACCAGGAAACGAAAAUCAAGAGCCGGUUGUCGUUGCACAACGAGGAGCUACAGUGGCGGUUGAAGCAAAACUCCGAAAAGUUCACGCUUGCGUACGCCGAGCUGUCCAAGAGUUACCACGAAAAUUCGAGCUUCAUGUACGCGACCAAAUCGAGCCUGGAUCAGUCCGCGUCCGCUCACCACCAUCACCAGCUGAGCCACAAUCAGUCGCGAUCGAGCUGCUCGGACCGGUUCUUCGACAUGGAUGACAUUUCCCCACCGACCUCGCCAGUCAUUAAGGGAAUGGUGGAGAAAAGCGAUUCCGUCUCGUGGGUGCUAGAGAUCGACGAUGAACCGCCGGAGGUGUCAGCCUCCCGGAUGGUGCGGCGGGCAGGUUCGUUCCGUUCGAGUGCGGCGUACGAUUCGGUGGCAAAGCGCCCAAAAUGUUCCGCACUCAACCAAACAGCGAACGGAUCGCUGUUGGGCGAACGGCACACCGCCGGCAUCCAGCAGUCGAGCUCAGCGGCAUCGAUUCUGAAGCAGCAUUCGAGUGAUCUGUCUUCGGUGAAGCCACCGCCAUCGGGCAGCUCCAACAGUCACCGGUUGCGCUCGAAAUCGGUCAGCAUUAAGGCAGCCGAACCACCAAAGAAGAUUGUGCGUUCGAACUCGGGUGCUUCGGCGUCGCCGUGUCCGGGAGUGGCGGGCGUCCCAUGCAAACCGCUGCGUAUGACCGAAAUGCCCGGUUCGUGGAAGGAACAGCCACUGUACAGUAGCUCGCCAUACGCUCACAAGCGCUACCUGACGGAGGACCUGGAUCUGGUCGCGUCUGGCUCGGCGAAAUCGUUUGCCGAACAUCAGAUGCACCGUGCGAAAGAUUUGUUUCUCGAGGAGACGGAACUGCUGAGCGAACCGGAAAGCCCAUUUGCCCGGUGCGCGAAACUGAACGUGGAGGACAUUGCGAAUCAGCCGAUCGAAAUCUUUCACCGCGAUAAAACGCCAAACUUUAAGAAGAGUAAGGAAAACCGAGGCCUCAUUACAUGCGACACGACCGCACUGAUGGCGGGCGGUAGCUCAUCGGCAAAAGCGACCGGCAGUGGGCUGACUGCUCGGGAAAAGCGUCGAGAGUUCACGCGCAAAGGCAAUCUGGUCGGUGGCACCAUCCCGAAAGAGGCAGCCGGUGAAGCGCUCGUGUCCGGUUCCAACUCGGACGAUGAAGCACUAUCGACGUCCUCGGCAUCGUCCUCGUCGUGCAUUUCGGAGGCCAGUCUGUCGUCCGGUACGGGCAGCAGCAACAGCAGCCACGACAACAGUCCACUGCACAGCGGCAAGCGAAGUAGUGAGCGGAUGAACAACGACGACGAUACGGUCGAGGGUGGGGCCAACUCGUCAGAGGAACAGCAUCCAUCGCAGCACCGACGGCGUCAUUCAAACAUUUCGCUCGAGGACGCACUGAUGAAGAAGAUUGUGGCCAGCCUGAACGGUGACAAUGGGACGGAUGGGAAUAAUACGCCGAUGGAGGUUAGCUGGUCGGAGGAUGGUGAUCCGGGUUCGGAAUCGAACGUAUGACAUGACGACGACAGUUUCUAAGUGACAGUUAGGUCGUCGGGGUGUUAGCCGGUGCGGCAAAGGUGGACGUGGUGGGAGGUGGUUAACAAUUGUUUGCUGGGGAAAAUAAUUCUUUAAGAACCAAUAUUCCUACAAUUCCCCACCUACACACAGAGACACACAGAUACAUACGGAGAGCGUAGGGAAUGGCCAACGUGUAGAACAUACUGGAACUUCCUUAUUCCCCAACCCAUGUCCAGACAAACCUCCCCAUCCCCCCCACCCCCUCAAACAGUGAAAUGCGACGGGUAAUAAGCGCGGGUCAUAAUGAUUCCGCCACGUAAUUUGCGCUUCUGCGUGUUCGAAUCUGCGUUUCCGAGCGGUGGGUCCUCAUCGAUGGCCCUUGGCCCUGGAUUGGAUUCCUGCGCUAAACACACACACAGAUAUAUUGUUAAGGCUUCUAACGUAGAUCCUUAGGUGUGUACGUCUUCGGUUCUCACAACAGACUUCUAGAGUUGCUCCAGUUGCUUAUUAGUUGUUUAAUUUAGGCGUGUAAGUUUGUUCAAUCCAAUGUUUAUAUUAUAUUAUAUGGAACCCGAUUCGUCUUUAAUUGUCGUUAAUAGAAUUAGCGCGCGCGACUCCUUUAGAUCCUUCGCUGCAAAGAAAGCAACAGACUCAAAUCCAAUACGAGACACACACUCACACACAAACCCCUAUGAAUAACAAACACACCCCAUCACCCCUUGAGACUUGUGAGAAGUGAUCGUGAAAAUAUUUAAUCAAGAAAAUAAGAGAUACAAAGAUCGUUAUGAAAAAUGGUCCUUUUUUUCGUUUUCAUUUGUUUAUUUGAAUUUAUUUUCCCUUACUUUGUUGCCACCGUAAACACAGCAUUACUGCUACACACACACACACAAACACUGGCCCGAAGGUGUCGAUGUCGCUGUCUGGAACUAGAAACUGUCGUUAAUUGAGAGAUGGAGGAAAAGAGCUGUGGAAAACAACCCCCGAAACUGUGUAUAAACUAUGAAUGCGCCCUGUGUAGUCUCUCGCGUGUAAGAAGACGUGCUAGGACGAACGAGGUUAGUGUGUUUGUUUUUCUCUGGACCAUAGCUCUUAGGUGUAUAGUAGUAGCGAUAAAUCAAAACUCACCAAGAAAGCAUUGUCGGUGAAUAUCCCCAUUUCUUCUCACUAUUAACCGAUUGGAUCGAAUGCCGACUAGCAGUGUUUAAACUUAACCUUAAUCUUGGAGGCGCUCGUUGUGUACAUGUUUCUACCACUACUUCUUUCCGGUAAUUUUAUUCUUGUUAUGCUGUUAUGUUUUUGUAAACCAUUUGUGGCAAACCUCGAACGCGUGGUGCAAUUUUUGGUCGAUGAGCAUCGAACGCGCGUUGAGAGUUGCAUUUGAACGAAUUGUAGAUUUUGGAACGAUUUGUCCCGAUCGGAAACGGAUCGAUAGAGGCAGUGCUGCUGCUGCUGCCGAUAGUAGUAAUAAUAAACGAUUGUAAACAUAAUAAGUAUAAACCCCCUUUGUGAGGAAAACGAUGGUCAGUGGAGCAGUUGCGUCUGCUUGCAACUGAACUUGAAGCUUUUGUUGGACUAUUGGUGGGAUAUUGUGCUCUUGAACACUGGAUGUCCCUUUAGCGCGGUGUACGAGCAAAAGCGAAAAAUGAUAACAAUAAUAAUCUAAACACACAUACACACAUACAGAGAGAGAGAGAAAACAUUAUGAGAGUGUUCUUUAAAUACUUCAAUUACACGACUGGAGUUUUGUGGUUGGUGGUCGGGUGGGAUUUUGGGCCGGCGCCGAAGCCACCUUGCUGUUGUGGUGUGUGUGUCGGCAUACAUUCUUUGCAGCAACUAAAGAAGAGCUAUUGUAUACUUUAUACUCUACUACUCAGAUUCUAUGAUGCGAAAGCGAUAAUUUAAUCCAAAGCUGAGUGUUAAUGUGAUUGUGUUAAUGAGAUGGGACGAGUCAGUGCGACCAGGUACCGUGUGGUUAGGGCAGGGAAGUGAAGCUGGUACAGAAAUACAGAUUAAUGCAAACCGUAAUGCAUAUUGCAAUGAAA